UCUCUUCCACUUCCUGUGUCUAUAUCAGGCCUUUCAGAAGGUUCACCAUGUUUGGACCAGGAAGAGGAUUCAGGGCCUCAGAGCUCAACAGGAAAACUGAUUGCAGAACAAGUCCAGCAACUUGAGCCUGACAUUUUAAAAAGCAAGAAUUUCUUGUCCCUGGCAAAACCCUUGCCCACUUUCAAGAGAAGAGCAAGGUGGCUGGAGUCUGAGCCUGUAUUUACUGAACAGCAGCUGCGAAAAACAUACUGCAGCACGUCUGGAGUUGGGGUUCCACUGUGUUCUGUUUCACAGGAACCAAAAACUGGAACGAUGGAGCUCUACAUAUUCCUUCUACUAACAGGACUGGUUGGAACAGCAUAUACUGGCAAUGACGCAACCACAAACGGCAUUGAAUCCUCAACUGUGAGACAAAACUACAAUGACACCUCACCAACCCAACAAGCAAUCAGCACUGAACCCUCACCCACGACACCAAACAACAACAACAUUGUCUCGUCAAACACACCACCAAUCGACACUGGAACCUCACGUGUGACGUCAAACAACAACAUUGUCUCGUCGAACACACCACCAAUCGACACUGGAACCUCAAGUGUGACGUCAAACAACAACAUUGUCUCGACGAACACACCACCAAUCGACACUGGAACCUCACGUGUGACGUCAAACAACAACAUUGUCUCGUCGAACACACCACCAAUCGACACUGGAACCUCAAGUGUGACGUCAAACAACAACAUUGUCUCGUCGAACACACCACCAAUCGACACUGGAACCUCACGUGUGACGUCAAACAACAACAUUGUCUCGUCGAACACACCACCAAUCGACACUGGAACCUCACGUGUGACGUCAAACAACAACAUUGUCUCGUCGAACACACCACCAAUCGACACUGGAACCUCACGUGUGACGUCAAACAACAACAUUGUCUCGUCGAACACACCACCAAUCGACACUGGAACCUCACGUGUGACGUCAAACAACAACAUUGUCUCGUCGAACACACCACCAAUCGACACUGGAACCUCACGUGUGACGUCAAACAACAACAUUGUCUCGUCGAACACACCACCAAUCGACACUGGAACCUCACGUGUGACGUCAAACAACAACAUUGUCUCGUCGAACACACCACCAAUCGACACUGGAACCUCACGUGUGACGUCAAACAACAACAUUGUCUCGUCGAACACACCACCAAUCGACACUGGAACCUCACGUGUGACGUCAAACAACAACAUUGUCUCGUCGAACACACCACCAAUCGACACUGGAACCUCACGUGUGACGUCAAACAACAACAUUGUCUCGUCGAACACACCACCAAUCGACACUGGAACCUCACGUGUGACGUCAAACAACAACAUUGUCUCGUCGAACACACCACCAAUCGACACUGGAACCUCACGUGUGACGUCAAACAACAACAUUGUCUCGUCGAACACACCACCAAUCGACACUGGAACCUCACGUGUGACGUCAAACAACAACAUUGUCUCGUCGAACACACCACCAAUCGACACUGGAACCUCACGUGUGACGUCAAACAACAACAUUGUCUCGUCGAACACACCAACAAUCGACACUGGAACCUCACGUGUGACGUCAAACAACAACAUUGUCUCGUCGAACACACCACCAAUCGACACUGGAACCUCACGUGUGACGUCAAACAACAACAUUGUCUCGUCGAACACACCACCAAUCGACACUGGAACCUCACGUGUGACGUCAAACAACAAUGGAACGUCAACACAGCCACCCAUAUCAUCAACAGGUACAACAACUGGAACAUCAGCUACAGUUAAUAUAACUGCUGCAACCCCAAUAACCACCGUUGCCACCACAACAACCACCGCUGCCACCACAACAACCACCGCUGCCACCACAACAACCACAACAGCUGCACCGCCGAAACCCGAAGUUCGGCUGAGUUUCAAAAUAACAGAAACUUAUACAAAAGAGCUUGAUGACAAAUCGUCACCUAAAUUUCUGAGUCUAAAACAGGACACAGCCAAAGCGCUUGAUGGGGUCUAUAAAGUUAGAUUUGGACCUUCCUUCAAUCACACAGAAGUCAACGGCUUCAGUCCAGGGUCCAUUAACGUUGACGCUUCUCUGAUAUUCAACAACGUGUCCAAUCUAUCGAAUGACACUUCUGCAGCUGCAGCUACGGCUUUAGUAGAGGCUGUUUCCAGCUCAAAUUUUUCUUUGUCUAUAAACUCAUCAUCAAUUACUGCAGCUGUUUUUACACCUACUUUACCUCCAGUCACGACAACAACAACAACAACAACAGCAACGACCAACUCCACCGCCCAGCCGCCGCCACCUACCAACUCCACCACACAGCCGCCUCCACCCACCAACUCCACCACACAGCCGCCUCCACCCAUCAACUCCACCACACAGCCAUCGCCACCCACCAACUCAACCACCCAGCCGUCGCCACCCACCAACUCAACCACCCAGCCGCCUCCACCCACCAACUCCACCACACAGCCGCCUCCACCCACCAACUCCACCACACAGCCGCUUCCACCCACCAACUCCACCACACAGCCGCUUCCACCCACCAACUCCACCACACAGCCGCUUCCACCCACCAACUCCACCACACAGCCGCUUCCACCCACCAACUCAACCACACAGCCGCUAUCCACCAUACCAACACCAACAACUGUCACCACGGUUACUACACCCACUACCACCCCAGCAACUACAACAGCUCCGACCGUGGGGACAGUGUUUCGUUUGCUUUUUAGUCUACAGCAACAAUUUUCAUCAGCGCUUUCGACCCCAGGUUCACCACAGUUCACCGAACUAAAGGGUAACAUAGAGACACAGCUUACUCCAGUCUAUGCACUAAAGUAUGGAAGACUCUUCGUUCGAUUCAUUGUCUUUGGCUUCAGUCCAGGAUCUGUUGUGGUAAACUCUACUGUGGAACUCAACGAUACCACGACAAAUGCCACUGAUGUAGCUACAACUUUACAGGCUGCUGUUACCAGCGGGAAUCUUACCCUCAAUAUCAGCGCAUCAUCUAUAAAUGCAACUUGUAAGAUUUUUAAUGAUUUACAAAAGGUUGAAAAAGUAUAAAGUGUAAAGUCAAAC